AUGGGAGAUGCCCUCCAUGUGUUGACUGCCUUUGAGAUUCGGCCCCCAGUGUCCAGCGCCCCCAGUGUCCAGCGGCCCCAGCGUCCACCGGCCCCCAGCGUCCAGCGGCCCCCAGUGUCCAGUGUUCGCAGCGUCCCCUCUCCCCCCGGGAUGAGAUGCCCGGUUGAAGAUGGCAGUGAUUCAGAUACCUAUAGAGAAGAGAAUGACGAACAGGGAAAUUACUCGAAAAGAAAGGUCGUCUCCAACUGGGAUCGAUACCAGAAUACUGAAGAAGAGCUCAACACCGACGGCGGUGAAUCGCAGAGGGGGACUGACUUCAGUGUGCUCCUGAGCUCAGCAGGGGACUCCUUCUCACAAUUCCGGUUUGUUGAGGAGAAAGAAUGGGAAGGUGACACCUCCUGUCCAAAACAGAAUUCAGCACUUUAUGUGGAUAGUGAGUCACUGGUUCGAGCCCUUCAAGAACUGCCCCUCUCACUCCGUCUCAACGUUGCUGCCGAGCUGGUCCAGGCUACAGUUCCUUUAGAGCUUCCUCAAGUGAAACCAAAGAGGAAGGACGAUGGCAAGGGAGCAGGGAUGCAAUUACGGGGCUCGCUCUCUGAGCUGAGGGCCUCUGCUGCUGGCGGUCCCAGGCCCCGGCCCCAGGGCAACGAUGGCCCCCAGCUGGGCCCCUCGGGGGCAUCGCAGCCAGCGGCAGGCUGCCUGGAAGAGGAGCUAGACCUGCUGCUCAGUUUAGAUGCGCCAGUCAGCGCAGGAGGGAGCAUCCCGCCGGGCCAGACCUCGCAGGACCUGAGAUCUGAGGAAGGGGAGGAGGCCCGGAAGGAGACAGAACCAUCUGUGACUGGAGAAAAGAACGCAGACUCUGAGCAGGCAGCUACCCCAAGAAACGUUACUGAGGAAGAGCUGGAAGACUGGCUGGACAGCAUGAUCUCCUGAGGGAUCAGGACGCAAGCUUCCUGACAGGCGGGAUGUCCCAGCAUAGCCAGUGCUGCUUACUGAGAGAUCGCACACAAAAAACAGGCAUGAAUGUGGCCACAAUAAACACCCUCUGGUUUGUG